CCUCCUGCAGCAAGCCCAGGCCAAGUCCCACAGUGCCAAGGCUGAGGGGACAUUCCAGGUGACGAUGCUGCCGGGGGAUGGCGUGGGCCCGGAGCUGAUGCACGCCGUCAAGGAGGUCUUCAAGGCCGGCAAUGUCCCCGUGAUCUUUGACGAGCACCACCUGAGCGAGGUGCAGAACACGGCGUCCGAGGAGAAGCUGGAUCGGGUGGUGGAUUCCAUGAAGGAGAGCAAGGUGGCCCUCAUCGGUGAGGGGAGCGUGGCCUUGUCCCUGGCACUGUCCUUGUCCCUUGUCACUGUCCUUGUCCCUGUCCUUGUCCCUUGUCACUGUCCCUGUUCGUGUCCCUGUUCUUGUCCCUGUCCUUGUCCCUUGUCACU